UUGGCCAGGCGGCGGCUGACGGACGGCGCGGGGCGCGGCGAGCGGCGCGGCGGGCUGUGGAUCGGAGAGGCGCGGGCCGCACUUCCGCUUGGGUGUCAGAGGGUUGCCGGCCGCGGUCAGGGGAGGGGCGGGACGGCCGUAGGGUCCGCGGCGCCGCGGGGACCGAGUUCCGCUAGCCCACCUAGGGUGGAGUUUUCUGAGAUAAGAGAACUCUAUUGUCCUGCAGAAGUUUCCUACAGGAAGCCACCACCUACUGCGUUUACCUACAGUCUACCUGCCUCACAAGUUUCUGAUCUUCUGGGACUUUCCUUGUCUAUCAGGACUCACAGGCCACUGCUCGGAGACUUUAUUUCCAGGAUACACACAACUUCAACAUAAAUAUAGAUCAGAUGUGAUCCAGUAGGAGGACCAAACCCCAGAACAGUGACAGCCUUGUCACUGAAGGAUGAACGGAGAGGAAGAAUUCUUUGAUGCCGUCACAGGCUUUGAUUCUGAUAAUUCUACAGGGGAAUUUUCAGAGGCAAAUAAAAUUAGUGGGAUGAUUGACUUGGAUACCAGCAAAAGUACUAGGAGUGGGAAAAAUGGGGAGAGAUCACCACAAGAGAAUGGAAUUCAAAAGCACAGGACAGCUCUUCCUGCUCCCAUGUUCACCAGAAGUGACUUCAGUGUGUGGAGUAUCCUGAAGAAAUGCAUUGGCUUGGAGCUAUCCAAGAUCACAAUGCCAAUUGCCUUCAAUGAGCCACUGAGCUUCCUGCAGCGGAUUACGGAGUACAUGGAGCAUGUGUACCUCAUUCACAAAGCCUCGAAUCAGUCCCAGCCCCUGGAGAGGAUGCAGUCUGUAGCUGCCUUUGCGGUCUCGGCUGUGGCUUCCCAGUGGGAGAGAACUGGCAAACCCUUUAACCCACUCUUGGGAGAGACAUAUGAGUUGAUCAGGGAAGACUUAGGGUUCAGAUUUAUAUCUGAGCAGGUCAGUCACCACCCUCCUAUUAGUGCAUUUUAUUCAGAAGGUCUCAAUCAAGACUUCAGGUUCCACGGUUCCAUCUACCCAAAGCUGAAGUUCUGGGGCAAGAGUGUGGAGGCUGAGCCCCGGGGGACCAUCACACUGGAGCUGCUCAAACAUAAUGAAGCCUAUACCUGGACCAACCCUACAUGCUGUGUACACAAUGUCAUCCUUGGGCAGCUAUGGAUAGAACAGUAUGGGAUAGUAGAGAUCCUAAAUCACAGAACUGGAGAUAAGUGUAUACUUCACUUCAAGCCCUGUGGAUUGUUUGGAAAGGAACUUCACAGAGUAGAAGGGCACAUACAAGACAAGAACAGGAAGAAGCUCUUUAUAAUGUAUGGCAAGUGGACAGAGUGCUUGUGGGGCAUAGAUCCUGCUUCAUACGAGUCCUUUAAGAAGCAAGAGAAGAGAGGUGACCAUGCCAGGAAGGCCAAGACGGAUGAUGGCCUCGAGAAAGCUAACAGUGAUGUGCCUGGCGACAUGGCGGAUGAUGUUCCUGUGGCUCAGGAGACGGUACAAGUCAUCCCUGGCAGUAAGCUACUCUGGAGGAUCAACAGCCGGCCUCCCAACUCUGCUCAGAUGUACAACUUCACCAGCUUCACUGUGAGUCUCAAUGAGUUGGAGUCAGGCAUGGAGAAGACUCUACCACCCACAGACUGCCGCCUCCGUCCUGACAUACGUGGCAUGGAGAAUGGAAACAUGGAUCUGGCCAGCCAGGAGAAGGAGCGACUAGAGGAAAAGCAGAGAGAAGCCAGAAAAGAACGUGCCAAAGAGGAUGCAGAGUGGCGGACCAGAUGGUUCUCUCCAGGCAAUAACCCCUACACAGGAGCUCCUGACUGGCUGUAUGCUGGCCAUUACUUUGAGCGUAACUUCUCAGACUGCCCAGACAUCUACUAAUUGAGGCCUGUGAGCCCAGGAGGAGGCCUUGGAAUCCUCAAAUAGCAUCUGAGCUUUAUGGUGGCAGACACCACAAAUCGUGGAGAUAGCCUCAGUGAGCCUCUCGGAUUGCCCAGCGCUUCACUAUCUUGCAGCCCCUUCAUGAAGCUCCAGUUGGGCCUUCAUAUUCACUGAGGCCUCAGAACUCCACAGUCCUCUCACAGGUGACAGAGUGCACAGGCCAGCUGAGCUGGCAGCACUCUCUGUUGUACAAUGUGUAAUGAAGGAAGAACCAGCAGGGUCUGUGUGUUCUACCCAAGGCUGUGGCAUGGGUUCUGGGAGAGUUUCAGAUCCAGACCCAAGAAGGAGGGGAACAUGGAUCUUGAAAGUAUCCCAUGGCCAGGGUCCCCUUCAUUGUGGAAAGCAUCGUGGAAUGAAGUGACAAGCCACCAGAUUCUGUAUUUUCUACCAAUCUUGAAUAAGGUAAAGA